AUGCUUCAGCUGUUCGCUUUAUCAGCCUUAUUCGUCUCCACAUCGCAAUUCUUCUUUGGAACUGGUGGUGGUGGUUGUGGCUGUGCACCUGCGCCCAUUUGUCCUCCAGCUCCUAUCUGCGCUCCUGCUCCAAUCUGCCCUCCACCAUCAUGUGGAGGAGGAGGUGGUGGUUACGUUCAAGCACCACCUUUGCCACCACCAAUAUCUCAACCAAUAUCGCCACCAAUUGUUGCACCCAGCUACCCUAUAGGGGGUGGCGGUUCCUACAGCCCACCACUACUACCUCAGUCUCCAGUUUACACUCCACCUGAGCAGCCGUCGUUCCCCAUCCAACAAGGCGGACCAAGCUAUGAACAGAGCGCACCACCCGCUCAAGGUUACCCACCGCAGGAAGUCCAACCAAUAGCCCCGCAACAACCUGCCGGAGGCGUCUAUCAACAGCCGGCCGCAGGUGCCUAUCAGCAGCCGGCCGGAGGAGUCUAUCAGCAACCCCCUGGAGAACUCGUUGGAACUCUACCCGUAUAUCAACAGCAAGUACAGCCGCAAGGUGCAGCAUACCAGGGAACAUCAGAAGUAGAACCUGCUGCUCAACGGGAUUCUACGCAGGACCUCGUUAACGGUCUUCAACAAGAAGCUGCUGCUGCCACUGCUACCGCAGCUGCUGCUGGUUCCAAAAACGAGGAAGUUUUGGAAGAACAAGACCAAGCGCUUGAGAAAUCCGGAUUGGAAAUGACAACUGCGGCACCUCAAGGUGAUGGGUCUACAACAGUCCCCAUUGAAGUAGCCGAGGAGAAAGUCGUGGAUAUCUCAAAUCUUAAGCUAACCGAUGAUCCUCUUUGCAACUCGGAAGAUCUGAGAAAAUUGAUGCUCGAUAACAUUGACGACAACUUGAACAGUUCGAAGCGAUUGAUCCAAUUGGCCGCAGAAGCACAAUUCGGUGGCAGAUUCGAUGUAAUCUGCGCUAAUGGCGAUUUCAGCUACGUAACAAAUACGGAGUUGUUCUGUCAAGAAACAAAAGGCGACAUCUCAUGCUACACAUAUCGACAAUUAUAA